UUUUCCGCCGCAGCCAUCGUCGCAGUCCCGUCAAAAACAGUUUUUCCGCGGAUCGUUUCUUCAAGACGUCUUCAAGCUAGUGAAAAUUCAAUUUUUCGCGUCUCCACUUGGUUAUUGUGUACAAAACAGCCUAGCGAGUCGUGUGUGGCGUAACACAAAAAACCAGCUACUGGAUACCCAUACUUACCUACAGCUGAUUCUCAUUGUGCGAUAUUUAUCGAGUCGAGUGAGUGAAUGUCGUCGUGCUGCUUCACAUAACAAAACACGGAUCGGAGGAAAAUAGAUUUUUCCCUGUGCAGUUUUUUUUUUCGCUUCCAUCGUUUUGGGGCUCAGUUUCGCUUUGACAGUCGAUCGGGGAGAAAGGCUCGCAGGAGGAGCAAUUUUUUCGCGGACGCCCAACAAGUUAAAGGGAAAAUCUCUGUGAUUUUAGUCGGUUGCCUGGAAGACUUUGGAAUUUCGGGUCUGGUGCGAUAAAGGAGGAUUACCUAAGAUUUAAGAAAGAGGAAGCUUUUCAAGUGUGGGUGUUUGGAAGUGAUUCGCGAAACGAUACAGCUGAUAAGUGAAGGAGAUUGAUUUACGCCCUUCUACGCCUCGGAUAUUUUCACAUCUUCAUUUAGCGGAAGAACAAUUCGGAACGGUGUUACGGAGGAGCGGAUAGACCAUGAGCAAGCAUAUGUACUCGACGGCCAAUCUGACCGAUGUGGAGCUGAAAGACCAGGGCAAUCGGAUGUUUUCCGCGAGAAAAUACGACGAUGCCAUCAAUCUCUACACCAAGGCAAUAAUCAAAAACCCAACCAAUGCCACAUACUUCACAAACCGGGCUCUGUGUCACAUCAAGAUGAAGCGAUGGGAAUCGUCCUGUACGGACUGCCGACGGGCACUGGACAUGGAUCCGAACCUGGUCAAGGGACACUUCUUCCUCGGUCUCAGCCUGAUGGAGUUGGACUCGUACGAUGAGGCCAUCAAGCACCUGAUGCGGGCACACGACUUGGCGCGGGAACAGAAACUCAACUUCGGAGACGACAUCGCGUCGCAGCUGCGCCUGGCUCGCAAGAAACGCUGGAACAUCCAGGAGGAGAAACGGAUCUGCCAGGAGAUCGAACUGCAAUCCUAUCUCAAUCGACUCAUUAACGAGGACAUGGAAAACAGACUAGCUAAGCUUAAGCUGGAUGACACACUGAAUGAGGAUGCCGUGAGGGACAAGUCGAUGGAGAUUGAACGUGAAUGCGAAAAUCACACCACAGAACUGAACAAUAUUUUCGCAAAAGUCGAUGAUAGACGGAGGAAACGAGAAGUACCUGACUACUUGUGUGGCAAGAUAAGCUUCGAACUGCUGGUAGAUCCCGUUAUCACCCCAUCUGGUAUGACGUACGAACGCAAGGACAUCGAGGAGCACCUGCAACGAGUUGGCCAUUUCGAUCCCGUGACUCGGGUUAAGCUGACGCAGGACCAACUGAUAGCCAACUACUCCAUGAAGGAGGUGGUCGAUGCCUUCCUGGCAGAGAACGAAUGGGCCCUAGAUUACUAAAAGAAAGCAUCCUGCGCUCCUACAAAUAGAUACACCUCUAGCUCCUAGCGAACGGACAGUGAAUGCAUUGGCGGCGGGAAGAAAGUGCAACCCGAAGCUCAAUCACCAGGUAUGUUGGAACUUUUUCUUAACUGUGUUUCCACCAGCUCUUCAAGAAGCGACUGAGCAAUUUCCUUCGAUUUUUACUACGAACAUAAAUGUUUUAAUGUAUUUAUCGUUAUCUAAAUAUCAUGGAGUUUGACCAAUUUAGUGUCAGCUGUGAGUAUCGCUUUACUCUCGAGGUAACUCAAAACAUCCAAACUUAUCAAAUAUCUAGAUGUGAACUGUGACCUAUAUGUUUCCUUGAAUAAACCGUUCUGUACGCUCAAAGCAGAAAAAAUAUAUCGCCAUUCAACGUAGCAACAAGUUGAACAAAUGUAAUUCAUUGAAUUGUUGGAAGAUUUGUUGAAUUAUUUUUGACUACCUUAUUAAAAAAGAACCGUAUUUUCAAGCGUGAUCAGCAGUUAUUUAGAUUGGCAAGCAGACAGAUUUAAACAAUUUCACUUGGUGAUUCUUUAGUUUUAAGUUAUGUAAAUUGAAAAUUACCUUAAGAAAUUAGCGAAUAAAAUAUCUUUAUUUCGA